AUGAGUGACUGGAAACUGAUGCUCAAACGUCGUCGCACGCGUAGGUGGGAUAGUUCUGACCCUGAUCGCGCUCCCCCGCCAUUGCCCUUGAACCCGCGGUCAAUGAGUCCCAUCACCAAAUCUCACAUCUCGCCAAACGUCCAGGCCAUCGCGGCCAAGUUCACGGAUAAGCCCGGCGAAAACACGAUAAGCUCCUACACAACAAACUCCAUGUCCCCCAAGCCUCCAUCAUCACCAGAACGACAGUUGGUUAAGGGCAACAUCCACAAGCGCAUGCAGUCGCAGCCCGGUGACGCCCGCUCUGAAUUUCUCAACUACCUAGACAGCCGGUCGCCGGAUCGACCUCAGCGUGCGACGAUUGCUGAACCACCAGCGAAGACGGAGGACUCGAAGACUACCGAGUCACCGUCGCAACGUCCCCACUCCGAGCGUGACUUCUCAAAUUACCUUCUUUCGAGUCGGUACCUUUCCAAGCCGAUUUUUGGGGAGAGCACCCCUCCCUCAGCAACCAUGUUGGCUCUUCAAAACAUGCAACUACCAGCAGACACCGAGUCUCCAUCGCCGUCAACUCGUCCCAAAAUGCUCGCUGCACCCGCACCAGUAGCGCAAGAGCCACAGGCGCACAGCAUGGAGUCGAUUUCAUCUCAGAUUCAUAGCCUUACCGAUAUUGCGAGCAGUUUGCGGCACGAAAUGGCUCAGCUGAGCCGACGAAGCAAAGACAAUGCCACCGAUCUGGUCAGCCUCAAGGCUGCGACCAACGCCCGCGACGAGGACAUUCGCAAAAGUCUCAGGGAUCUGACCUCCAAUCUUUCUUCCAAGUUUCUGGACCCAGACUCCGCAAGGUUUGAUCUUAAUGCUCUAUUAAGUUCUGUGGAUGGAAUGAACUCUAAGGAAUUGGAUAGUUCUCCAAGACAAACGAAGUACUCGGCACCCCGUAUGGCCAGCCCUAAUCGGUUUGCUUCCUAUGAUCGAGAAAUGUGUGGAUCACCGGGACCCGUAUCUGAUGGCUCGGCCAGCAUUGCUCUGCUCGAAAAAGUCCUGCGUGAGAUGGCGACCAAGGAAGGUGAAGAAAAGCUUUUGGAACUUGUGGACGAAAUCAAGUCUCGACCAGCUGCCACUCCAUCCGACAAGGUUGCCGACAAACAGAUCACCACGAUGCUCGAAGAGAUCCUCAACCUCGUCAAGGAGGUCCCCUCCAAUCGAGCCCUCAUCCGCUCCUCCACUGUCGCCGACACUUCUAAGCUUGCUCCGCCUGAUGAGACCAUGCAUGACGGUCUUAGAUCCCGUUCGCUUGGCUCUAUGGAACCAUCAACUGUACACGCGCUGGAUAUUGCGAAGGGCGAUAAAGGUGAACGCUCGGGUUCAAACCCCGACGAGAUUCUGUCCAUUCUGAGGAGCGUGAAAAAUAGCGUUAUCGAAGGAGGCGGAAUGACCAGCGGAGUGAAGACCUUAGUGCGCGAGCUGCGUGGAGAGGUUCUGGGCAUGGGACGGGAUCUGGCCCGAAGACUUGAAGCCAUCGAGACAACCAACGAGGCCAGGGAUGUUGGCAACGAGAAGGAACUCCAACCCCAGGCUCUUAGCUCAGAAGAGAUCGCUACCGUUGUCGAAAACAGUCUUCAGGACCUGAAAGAGCAGCUGGCUGCCACUGUCAACGAGAGCCGAGAACAUUCAUCGGCACUUUCCCAAUUCCAAUCGAUGAUGAACAGCGCCGAAAUUUACUCAAUUGUCAAAAAGGCUCUUGAUGAAUUCGAGCCUCCACAAGCUGCUCAGAACGAGUCACGAGGUGUUGGACUGGAAAAAGAAGAGAUCCUUGAUACCGUCCGCGAAGCAUGGGAGACCUACAAGCCGGAGAUCGAGCUACAGAACUUUGGCUUGGAGCGUGAUGAAAUCCUGGAAUGUCUCACAGAAGGACUCAAGUCAUACCGGCCACAAAACGAGCAAGCCGUGACCUAUGAUCAAGUCUUGGCCGCUGUUCAAGCCGGAAUGCAGAACUUCGUCCCACCCCCAUCAGACCAACAGCAGCAGACCAUCACCAGAGACGAGAUCAUCUGGACCAUUCGUGAAUGCCUGGAGAAGCCCGAGCCGACUGCUUCCAGAGGCCUUGAUGAGGAUCACCUCAACUCCCUUCGCGAUGAAAUUCUUGCCGCUGUCACUGGAUCGGUGGCUACGCAGAGCAUGCUCAGCACGAAAUCUCUCGACUCCGGUCUCGGUCAUGAUGAGAUCGUCAGUGCCGUUUCCGAUGGCCUGGAGGCGCACUUCGCUGCUGCCAAGGAGAAGGACGGGACACACAUUACGAGGGAGGAUGUCGUCAACGCCAUCAACGAUGCCUUCAACUCUCAACAAUCUGCUCUCAGCAUACCCACCCAAUCGACUGUUUCCCGCGAAGACAUCAUGAAUGCCAUUGCGGAUGGCAUCGAGGCUUCACACUCAAUUUCCAGGGAUGCCUCUCAGUCCUUCGUUUCUCGAGACGAGAUUCUGGCUGCCAUCGCAGAAGGCCUUGAAGCUUCAUCGGCUGCUCGAGACAGUGCCGUCGCCAAUAUCCAACCAAGCGUGUCUCGUGAGGAAAUCCUGCAGACCAUCGCCGAGGGUAUUGAAACCUCCAACUCGAUCACCCGAGAGAUCGAACUAAACAAAGACGAUCUCAUGGAAGCAAUAACGGCGGGUCUCCACGAGGCGACCAACUCUGUGAACCUCAAUCCUAGCGACCAGGUACUAGAUAGGCUUCAGGACCUGCUGGAUGGAAUGAAGGAGGAAUUCAAACAGUACUCCGCAGCCAAUGGUAAAGACACUGAACAGGUCCUUGAUGCGAUCAAGGAUGGUCUCCAUGAUGUUCGCAGAGAACUUGACGCCUACGUCGUGACAGCCACCGAUGUCUCCGGGAAGCACGAGAUCAUCGACACUGUCAAGGAAGGGUUCCGCCUUCUCCAGGCUGACAUGGAAAAAACGAUCACGGAUGCCACUUCGUCCACUGCACCCAAGAAUCCAGAUACUCCCGAGCUUUUGGAUGCCAUGGAGAAAGAGUUUGAGCACUUACGGUCGACCAUUAGUACUCUGCUCAUUCAGGACAAAGCCCCUGGUGACAAGGACGAGAUUAUUGAUGCUAUCCGUGACAUUGCCGAGCAGCAAAGAAGUGUUGUGCACCCAGAGCCAGGUGCCGACAAGGACGAGAUCAUCGCGGCUCUUCGUGAGCACUUCGAGUACCUCCGUGAAGAAACAAUGCAGCGACGAGAUGGCAAUGAGAGCAUGCUCUCUUCUACCAGCGAGCUUCUGGACGCAUUCAACGAUGGCGUCGACUCAAUCCGCGAUGAUUUGAAGAAGUUCCUGGACAAGCCUUUCGAGUUCGACAUGACAGAAGUCCUCGACACCAUUAAGGAUGGACUGGUCGAUCUCAAGACUGAUAUGGAUUCUCUUCGUCAAUCUCAAAGCGAUGAUGCCGGUACUACCCGGGGAGGUGAACUCAUGCUCGCUGAUUCGGGAGUUGGGAGUGGCAUUGAGAGCCUGAAGGCGCUUAUCACCGAGCUUCAGGGCAAGGUCGAUGCCAUCGAGACUCCUCGUGCCGACGAGCCCACCGAGGAUGCACUGAAACGCGGACACCUGGACGAACUCCUUGUCGCCAUCCAGGAAGUGCAGGUCGUCGUGGCUGAGAUGAGCAACCAGCACACUGAAGGACUGGCUCGAAAAGAGGACACCGAUAACAUCGAAGGCUUAAUCAUGAGCACAAAGGCCCAGAUUGACGAUAUGGUGUUCCCGUCGCCCGACGAGAUCGCGACCUCUGAACAGAUCGGCACCCUCGAGGCAGUAAUCCGGGAGGCCAAGGACUCUAUCGCCGACUUGUCUACGCGAAUUGAAGCCGACGCCCCCACAAAGUCAGAUAUUGGAACUCUGGAGGGACUGAUCAAGGAUGUCUGGAUUGCCCUGGACGAAUUGAAAGGAUCGACCAAGGGUGAUGAAGCCGCAGAACAGUCCGACAGGUUGCUGAAAUCCGACUUGCAGACAGUAGAGGCCAUGAUCUUCGAGGUCAAGUCGCAGGUGGACGAGCUGAGACUCCCCGAUGUGGAGACCCUUCCAACCAAGGCUGAUAUACAAGAGCUGUCUACUAUUGUCACUGAGUUCCGGGAGAAGAUGGAAGCCGACAAUGAUCUCACGGGACAGGGAUUUGAGGCUCGCAAAGUCGAGCAUGGCGGUCUAGCUGAGAAGAUUGAGGAGGCCAAGUUUCUUGUUGGAGAACUCGGCGACGAGCUAAAGAGCAAGCUUGAUGGCAGCAGUGAGGGACUUGCUGAACUCAAGCAGCUUCUUGAAGGGCUUGCCGUCACAGCCGAAAGCUUCACCACCGUCGAAAACGUAAGGGAGCUCACCGACCUCAUCAAUCGCGAGUUCGAGCGCGCACGUGGUGAGCAAGACGCCGGAAAACUCGACAACGAGGAACGCGAUGCCGCGGUCAUGACCAAACAUGACGAGACUCGCGCCGCAAUAAUCGUCGAACUCGGGGCCAAGAUCGACGAGAAGAUUGCCGAAGUCAUGUCCAAGUACGACGACGCCCAUGAGUCUCUUCAUUCCCGAUUCUCCGAGACCGAGGAGCGAGAUAUGACCCAUACCGAGGCGUUGACUGACACCAAAGCCCUUGCUGAGGACAUCAAGCUUGUCAUCGGUGCUAUGGGCACAAGCGUGAGCGAGUCGUGCGAGCGAAUGAGCGUGGACACCAAGACGUUCUUCGAGAAGGUUGAAGAAUCCUGCAACCGGAUGGAAGACAUGUCCAAUGAAGUCAAGUCGCACCAAGAACAAGCCCGAGUUGAAAGCGAGCGAAUGGCCGCAACCACGGAGCGUGUGGAAAGCAAGCUCCUUGAGUUUCACCCCCAGAUAUUGGAGAGUGUUCAGGAAAUACUCUCGAUAGUUAGCCAGCACUACGACCACUCCCAAAAGGCAGUAGAUGAGUCCAGGUCGGAGCUCUCAUCUACGGUUAUGCAUGCACUUCCUCCCGCAGGCGAAGACCUUGAAAAGAGUCCGCUGCAUGACAAGCUCGACGAUCUCUUGGAACACGCCAAGAACAACCAGGUCCAGGAAGUUCUGACUACACUUCUUGAUCACUCGAGAAACGACCAGCUCCAUGAAAAGCUCGAUCGCGCUCUGGAGCAAGGUUCUGGUGCGAACGGUCCGGUCUACGACAAACUUAAUGAGCUUCUUGAUCAUGCUACCAACGGCAAUGGCCCCGUCCACGAAAAGCUGGACAUGCUCCUUAGCCACACCGCGAACUCGGAGAGUUCAGUUACGCAAAUGAUGAAGCUUGAUGAAAUGCACAAGGACAUCAUGAACACUCACCGCAAGAUGAACGAGAUGUUUACUGCGCAGUCCGCGAUGGUUGCCAAAGAAAAUACACGGAAGCGCCAGGAAGCCGAAGAUGCUGCCAUUGCGCUGGAACGCCGAGUCGCACAGCGGGAGCAAGUUGAAGCUGACAUCGUCGGUCUGAAUGAAGAAAAGGAUUCCUUGCUCAGCAUCAUCUCCACUCUCCAGGCGGAGAAGGAGGAUCUCAUCAAACAGAACACAAAACUGAACAAGGACCUCUCCGGACUCGAAACUGCUCUCGAAAUCCGCCACGAAGAGAUGCGGACCAUGGAGGAUCGUGCCGAGGGAUUGGAGAAGCGGAUCUUGGAGGGUGUGCUCGACCAUGCUCGCUCUGUGCUCCUCAGUCGGUCUAACAGCAGCGUGCCGAAUAUGAGUCUGAAGCGCAACCGGACUUCUCAUGGCACCAUUCGCAGUUCCAGUGGGACUAGCAAGACCAGUUACGCUAGCACCACCAAGGACUCCAAAGACAACCGCGAUCUACUCGGGAAUGGUGUCGGCAUUGCCCUCAAACGCCGCGUACCAGCCUCACUCCAGGCCGGCCUGGCGGCUGUGCAGCCCAACAUCGGCAAGGAGCGGCGCAUUCUCAGUCUCAGCCAUGUCACAGGUAACCGGGUUGCGGAUCGACAAGUGAGCGGCAACAGCAGCGUCACCGGGCUAAAGCGCAGCCACUCGGUCAAAUCGAACUUCUCGCUACGCAAGGCCUCGUGGGGCGGUCGCACCUCGCUGGCCAACAAGGAGAACGAGUCCGUCCUCGAAGAAGAUGAGCUCGACAGCGGGGGUGAGAGCGAUGCUGAGACAGAGCGCCGGACCAGCUAUACCGGCACGUGCACUGAGAGCGUGACGGCGACGGAGACGGAGAGCAUGGUCUCGGCGACAGACCGACGCACCAGCGGCAUGAGCUCCACCACCGGUCAGGUUACGGUCGCAAGUAGUGUCGUGGAGGAGUCACAGUCCCCUAUUUCAGACGCCAGUGGCUCAGAGUACAGCAGGACUGAGUCUGAAUGUGACAUGCACACUGCGCACGAGGACCAGGACCCGGAUGAUGAUGUGGAGGAGCAGGAUGACCGAACCGCCUCUAUCCACAAGAGGUUGCUUGAAAAUGCACCGCCUCCUAGUGACAGCGGGCUUGGGACGGAUAUCUCUGUUGCGUGA